AACCACAAGACCGCGGAGUGUCAGUACAGUGAUUAUGUGUGUAAGAAGUGUAACGUUAAAGGCCAUCUACGUAGGGUGUGUCCGUCAAAAGUGAACUACGUAGACAAUGGAGCCGACGACGAGGACUUCGGAGACGAUGUGCUCACAGGACAAUACUAAUGUAUCUAACCGUAAAAAAUUCGCAAUUGGCUCAUUUGUACUAUAUACAAAAAAUGUAAACAAUGAUAAAAUCAUGUGGUGUAAAGGAACGGUACAAAAACGAAUAGGACGCGUAAUGUAUUUAAUUAAAGACUGGGAUUCUCAAAUAUGUUAUCGCAAACACAUAAACCAAUUAGCAUUGUAUAAGGGUCAUAUAGAUGAUGCUAAUGUAUGGGACUACGACGAUCACGAUAAACUUACACACUCACCUGCCUCUACGUCUACGCCGACACCAGUACAUGCGCCGCCGUCGCCGCCGCCGCCGCCGCCGCCGCUGCCGCCGCCAUCGCGGUCGCCGCCAUCGCCGCCGCCGCCGCCAUCGCGGUCGCCGCCAUCGCCGCCGCCGCCGCCAUCGCCGCCAUCGCGGUCGCCGCCAUCGCCGCCAUCGCGGUCGCCGCCGCCGCCGCCGCCGCCGCCGCUAACGCAGUCGCCGCCGCCGACACCACAAUCGUUGAUGUUGCCACCGCCCGACCAGAAUGCAUCAGACCGUACUCACCCCAUGGAGGAGGAAGAGUACGACGAAGACGAGGAAGCGGAGGAAGAGUUUCAUGAGGCAGAGUCAGAAUCAGAAUCAGAUGAUGAACCGCCAACAGGCAAGGCACGGAGAGUGAUGCGUCCCCGUCCCAGAGUAAAUUAUAAAAAAUACUUUUAGGCUUUAGCAUUACAAUUAGGUUAAAGAUUAAUACUGUAAUAGGUGGAGGGAUGUUCAGUAUGCGACUAACGUACGCUUGCAUGUGUGUGUGUGGCUGCGCCCACCACGAUACCUGUACGCCAAUAAACCAGUGCAUAACUAGC